CAGGAGGAGUUCUACCUGUUGAAGUGGAAGGGCUUCCCUGAGUCGGAUAACAGCUGGGAACCCAAGAGGAACCUUAAAUGCCACAAACUGAUAAAGCAGUUCCACCUGGACCUGGAUCAGCAGCUGAGGCGCCACAAGAGACGCUACACCCCAAAAAAACUGGAUAAGGAAAUUUCCUCCUUCCUGGUCCAAAAAGCCAAGCUCCGUCAGAGUCUGAAGCGCUGGGAGGCCCAUCUGAACCAGACUCGCAACCACCCGGGCCGCAUUUUUGUUGCAAACGAAGUGGACCUUGAGGGCCCUCCAAAGAACUUCACCUACAUCAACAACUACAAAGUAGGCCAAGGGAUUGUGUUAGAUGAGAUGGCGGUGGGCUGUGAGUGUAAAAACUGUUUGGAGGAACCAAUAAACGGCUGCUGCCCCGGGGCUUCGCUGCACCGCAUGGCCUACAAUGACAAGGGCCUGGUCCGGAUCCGGCCGGGACAGCCCAUAUACGAGUGUAACUCCCAAUGCAGCUGCAGCUCUGAGUGUCCCAACAGAGUAGUGCAGAAGGGCAUCCAGGUUGACCUGUGCAUCUUUAAGACGGAGAAUGGCCGGGGGUGGGGGGUGCGCACGCUGCAGCACAUCAAGAAGAACACCUUCAUCAUGGAGUAUGUGGGGGAG